UUGUUAUUGUUUAACCUUUCUGUUUAGAGUUAACCUACUCUUUACCAGUCUUGUGUCUUUACUCGUGAGUUCUGUGAAGAAGAGAUGUUUUUUGAAUCAGGACGGCCUCAAAUUUAAGUUUUUUGUUUUCUUUUUUGUGAAGAGGGUCGGGGAGAAGUGAAUUUCGUUUAGUGCCGGGAUGGCGAGCGCUUUGUCCAGUCUCACUAACACGUACACGGAUUCGGAGGGUGAAGAAGGCCCGAGCGAGGAACUGCCGAGGAGGGACGCGAGCAGCAGCCCGUUGGAUGAUGGCGUCCACCAGCAACAGACGCAGCCGGCGACGACCGCCCGGCCGCCGAGGGGGCGGAUGCACCUGGUCUCGUAUGGCGACGACACCGUCCUUUCUGACGACGAGGGCGACAAGAACAACUCGGGUUCCAGCGUCGUCAUUCUGAUGCCGCCGAGGCCCGCGACACCCGCUUUCCCGAGCCAACGUUCGCCGUCGGAAGCCGCACCCGCCGCCGCCUCCGCCUCCACCGCAGCCCCUUCCAACGAGAACGGGGCGCUCGCCUCCGCAGCGGAACCCAGCCCCAACGGGCAGGUCGAGCCCAAGCCCGAGCCUCUGCCCGUCUUCACCGACGUCGAGAUGCCGCCCGAGCCCGUCGGCAGCUGCACCUUCGAACUCCAACAAAAGAUCUACGACCUGACGGACAAGAUGCAGACUCGCAACGUUGACAUGAACACCAUAAUCCAACAGAGGAAGGCGUUCAGGAACCCGAGCAUUUACGAAAAGCUGAUUCAGUUCUGUAACAUAAAUGAGUUCGGGACCAACUACGAGCCGAGCAUCUAUGAUCCGCUUAAAUGGGGCAAGGACUCGUACUUCGACGAACUUGCCAAGAUCCAGAAACAGGACAUGGACCAGAGGGAGAAAGACCGUAGGGAAAAGACCACAAAAAGGCUCCAACAAGUCCAAGUGGAGUUUGUCGUCGGCACCAAGCGAAGUACAAACGGGAGCGGGGCCGUUACCGAAGAAGAAGUGAAAAAGAGGAAGUCGAAAUGGGACCAAGUCGGCACUCUGGCAUCACACGGUGUAAAGCCGCCUGUCACCACAGGAAUUGCCAAUUUGACUACGUCCGUCACUGGCACCAAGGGUACCGUCAUCUCUGCAUUUGGCUCGCUCCCUAAAAAACCUAAAAUCUAAAAUGUAACUGUCAAAUUUUCUUAUAUAAUAAUUAUUUUAGUUUUAAAUAUGUACAAAUAUAUAUAUUUUUUUUUAUAACAAUGUGCGUUGUCUGUGAUUUAUUUCUAUAAAACAAAUUAAAACGUAUAUGAAAGAACCAUUUAUCAAUUGGUUUAAUUGGUAAAUUAUUCUUCUAUUCUUUCUAUUGUAAUGAAUUUCAAAACAAAUAUUUUUAUUUAAAACAAUGUGCGUUCAAUUCGACGUAUUUUCUUGCAAAAUUUUAUUGCAUUGUCAAUCAAUUUUCUACCAUGUUGUAAUACCAUUAAUAUUAUUUCAGAAAUGUUUUGUGUUUUACAUUGCACAUUUUUGUAGAGCAUAUAUUUUAUUUUUAAUUAGUAUAAAAUUGUAUAUACGUGCUAUGUAUCAUCUGCUGUGUAGCAAGGUGUUAGCCUUUAUUGUUCAGGUCAAAUAAUUAAAAUGCAUUUCAUGUUAAAAUAUACAAAAUUUAGAACCAGUUCAAAGGGAAGUUUAAACAAAUACAGUUUGUUAUGUGAUUAUGUAGCUUUUUAUGUUUUCUAAUAAUUUUUUUUUACAUCUGUAUUUUUAAACAUUCAAAAUUAAGCCUAGCUGAAUAAUCAAAUCAAGAGAAAAUAUACAUAUUUAAAUGAAACGACAAACAAAUUUAAACUUAUCAAGAAAGACAAAUUGGAUUGACAACACAACUUAAAAUGCAUUUUUUGUUUGAUCUUUGAGUGAUAACUUUGUCUAUAUAAAUAUGUAAAUAUUUUGUUUAUUUAAAUGGGGGUAAAAAGUAGACAUUAAAUUAAUAAUACAAGUUUAUUAAUAUGUUACAAAUUUAUAAUCAAAUCGAUAAUCAACACAUGAUCAUCAUUUAAUAAAUAAUAAAUUAAAACAAUGAAAGAACAAGACUUUUUAUAUAUGAUCCUGGGCUCUGUUAUAUUGCAAUAAAACAAUUUACAAAUUCCUGUACUUUUAAACAUAAACGGUUUAACCAUUUAAAU